UUGAGAGAGGAAACGAACGGAUCACGGAUUUACCGUUUUAAAUAGCAGUAAUAAAAAUCAGAUCUACAGCUGAUUCUAGCUCUCUGGGUUUAGAUUUCUUACAUUUUACCAAAGUCAAAAUGUAUUCUCUCUCACACACACACCUGACUCGACCUAUUUUAAGCCAAGUUUUAUUCAUUACAAGUUCGAGUUUACAUGAAGUGGAAGAACAGCGUAAACAAGUGGUUUCAAAAGAUCGAAACGGAGUUAUUUUAAAAAUUAGUUAAAUUGAAGAAAUUGGCAUAAUUAAUUUCGUCAGUAGAAUUUGUGAAAAGAGAAAGUGCGGCAGUGCAGCAAUAACAAUGUGUAAAGAUUUGGUAAAGGACGACCACAUGAGGAAUGAAAAAACCUCGAGCAAUAAAUUGAAAGGUGCAGAUGCCAACGUGCUUCCCACAAAAAAAUCUGUGAUCGUUGCUUACGUUUUGUGGUUGUUUGGUGGCAUAUUUGGGUUACACCAUAUAUACUUGCAUCGUGAUCGACAUGCCUUUAUCUGGUGGUGUACUUUAGGUGGCUACUUUGGUGUUGGUUGGUUUGGUGAAAUAUUUCUCAUACCCGAGUAUGUACGUGAUGCAAACGAGGAACCAAAGUUUGUUAAAAGUUUUAUUGAAAAAUUGCGUACGAAUCAAAAACCGCCUUACUCUGGAAAACGAUUUUUGGGUCAGGUAAUGAUCGGCUACUUUUUCGGACAACUUAUACAAAUGGCCAUACCACAAACAACAAUCGUUGGCAUUGACUGGGGUUUUUUGCAUUGGUUAAUACCAUUAUUCAUUGCUUUAGGAGUUUGGACUGUGGGAAAUAUUGGACGUGAACGUGGCGUACUGUGGCACUGUCUAGUCGCUUCAUUUAUAAUAUAUCCAGUGCGUUAUCUCAUUUAUGAUGAAACUUACACGCUUUUGUUAACUUCAAUUAUAUCAGCUUUAGUCUUUGACAAUUAUUCAAAGCAUUGGUUGCGUUCGCCACCUGUUAGGCGUGGUGCAGCGAUACGUACAGUAAAAUUUACCGGCGCUCUAUUGAUUUACUUCUCGAUUUGGGGCUGCUACAUAGGUUUUAAUGGUACUAUAUCUGAUGGUGAAGGUGGUGAAGUACAUAUUUAUGAAGCGGUUAGAAAUUUCUUAGCUUCUGCUUGGUGGAGUGAUAUGGUACAAGCUUUUAAAGACACCUAUCUAUAUGCGCAACAUCAUGGUUGGUAUGAGACUUGGAAGGAGAUAUUUGAGAGCAUGGAUGUUGACGGCGAACGCAACUCAUACAAGGUGUUGGGUGUGAGUGCAACGGCAUCUCAAGCUGAAAUUACUACUGCAUAUCGUCGUCUGUCGAAAGAGUUUCAUCCAGACAAAAUUAAAGACGACACACAGCGCGCUGAAGCACAAAAACGAUUCAUUGAAAUACAACAGGCAUACGAUUUGUUGAGUAAAAUGAAGUCCAAUAGAAGACGCAAGAACAAGCAAUUCCAAGAGGACGAAGCAAUUGUUCUGUAAGUCGAAAUUUGUGCACUCGAUGGAAAGUUAUUAUUAGUUAUUGUGAAAAUGUUUCUGACUUAAUACAUUCUCGAAAAAUAGUAGGAACGUCCACGGAAAUGCAAUCUAAACAAUAAAUUCUAGAUCAUUAAAGAAUUAAUUUCAUUCAUUAACAAAAUAUUUUAAACCAAAGUA